AUGGCUGAAUUAGAAUCUUUCUUUAUUGAAUAUGAUGAGAAUGAUUUAACAUUAGUUAAAAAAAAUAUUCCUCUUAAUCAAAAACCGCAUUGUGAACAAAAAUUACGUCCAAAGGGACGAGGCAGGUGUAUUCAUGUUAGUGAAUUUUUAUGUGAACCUUUGGGACAUGUUUAUUUAACUGUAGAGCAACAUUUAGCCUACUUAGAAAUUCCAAAUAGAUACGUUACAGAGACACUUGAAUUGCUUGCUGAACAACUUAAGCAAACAAUUGAUGUUUUGGAAAUUGCACUCCUGAGUACAAUUUUUGUAUUUGCAUUUAAUAAUAGUUCAAGUCAUGGUGCUUUUGCAGAAGAUGCAUUAGUAGCAAGCAGAAUGAAUGUAAAAUAUAGUGGCAAACAACUACAAAUGCAUCCUGGUCGAUUACUUGAUAGUACAUGUCGCGGCUGA